AUGUUUCAACCUUUUGAUGACCAAACCCACUUGAGUGGUGCGAUUUACUUGUCUAUUAACAAUCUCCUGCAAAGUAAACAUCUCAAACCAGAAAAUAUCAUUCUUGUUGGCAUGAUGCUAGGACUAAAAGAAGCAGGCACAGAUAGAAUAAGCUACUACUUAGAGCCCUUUGUUGCCGAAUUGAUAGACUUGUAUUCUGGUGUAUCAAUGACAGACUAUAGAAAUACCCAGAUAACUGUUCGUGCUGCCUUGAUGUGUGUUGCUUGCGAUAUUCCUGCUGUCAGAAAAACGUUUGGAUUUACUGGUUAUAUGAGCAUGUAUGGCUGUCACCAAUGUCAAUGCCAAUUUAAAACUUCCAAAAAACCACCAAGCUCAAUUAUUCUGGAUUCGAUUACAAGACGUAGAUAA